AUGGGAGUUUUUAACCCAUUUGCAUGUGUGGUAAAAUCUCUAUCAGACGUAGAGCACAUUAAUCAGAACCAUAUAAUUGGCCUUGAAUCUGCCCCUUACGUAAACGAAGGAACCGAGCAAAAUGCUCAUGUUUUGACACGAAGCAAUCAAAUUCAAGUGGAAUUGUUGGAAGAGAGCAGCUUAACUGAACUCUUAUUCACAGGUGCUGAAGCUGUUGAGGCCAAAGACCGGCCCCUUGCUUUGUACAUAAUUUCGAAGCUUAAAACAGUUGUAUUAAUGGAUACCAAGGAAAAUGAAGACAACCUUUUCAACAGGUUGGCAUUGUUCUUCAUUCAAGGCCUUCACAACAAGAGCCUUAAUGUUGCUGCUGAAAUUUCCCACAAACUGGUAGUUCCUGGACCGUUGCCAAACAUAAUGUCCGCAUUUCAGAUGCUCCAGGAGCUCUCUCCUUACCUCAAAUUUGCACAUUUCAUGGCCAACCAGGCAAUUCUCAAGGCCAUGCGAGGUGUUAACGAAAUUCAUGUCAUUGACCUUGACAUCAUGGAGGGGAGCCAAUGGCCUUCGUUGAUGGUUGACCUUGCAAUGAAAGGUGGCCCCGCAGCUUCCCUCAGAGUAACAGCCUUCACAGUGGACGACCAGCAAACUGUUCACCAAGCCGGAAUAAGGCUAAAAUAG